AUGGAUGGAGAUCAUGGGCCGGAUUCCUCAUUCACGAUAAACAGAGUUAUGAGAACGGUUAGUGCGGCUUUUCUGAUUUUCUCGCGUAGUGGAUAUCAUGUAGCACCACUCACUGGUAGCGAAAUCCUCCUGUUGGCUUUUAUUAACAAAAAUAAUGCAGUGACCGUACAGAACAUUGUUUGGGACAUACUGACAACGACCCGUUCCAGCAAAGUUAUCUUCGUAUGUGAAAGUGGUUGCCUAAACAUCCUCGACGAGCUGUUGGUAGUGUCCUGGGAUUCUGAUAUGUCAAACGUUGCAGUGUUAGCCGGAGAUCCAGUUCAAAUAUUCACAUACAACCCUUUCGAAAUACCUCGGAUUAGAAACUUAACAACCACCAGGAAACCUUUGAAUUUAUUUUAUAAUAAAUUCCGUGAUUUAAGGGGGGAGUCAAUAAGGGUUGUUUUCGAAAAAUUUACACCAAAUGCUUUUUUUUAUGCGAACAAAGAAGGGGAGCUAGUGGUGGGUGGAUUUAGUGGUCACACAUUUCGGACUUAUGCAGAAAAACGUAACGCAACCCCUGUAUAUCUUCAUUAUAAAACAGACGAUUACAGAACUGAAAUUUCAAACUUGUUUGAAAAUGGAUCUCUUGAAAUGGCGAUUCACAUUCCCAUUGCACCGGAAGACCGCAACUGCAUUUACAACAAUAUCGUAGAACAUAUAAAGUGGUGCGCUUUGGUUCCGGCUCCGAAGAGAGUUCCAAUAUAUUUAAAUAUUUUGCAACCAUUCCAGGAUGAUGUUUGGGCCCUCAUAAUUUUUGGGGUGAUUUAUUCAACUGUGCUGUUGCAUAUAUCUACCAAACUCACGGAGGGCAAGAGUAAUGUUGGUUUAAAAUUUCUUGAAAGUUUCAAAUUAUUCCUACGUAUGGCAACUAUUGAACAUUAUCGUAAAGUUAAUAAAAGAUACUACCUUGUUUUCUUCCCAAUUUUCUUCCUUGGAUUAAUUUUGUCCCAACUGUAUCUCGCUCAUUUGGCCAGUAUUCUUACUACUCCCAUUUGGGAGAAAGGAAUUAAAACAAUUGAUGACAUCCGAAAGGCGAAACUUCGUAUACUUGGUACUGACUAUCCACUGGAAAGAAACGUGUUUUCAGUGGAGGACAUGAAAGAUUACCACGAUCUGGUACAAAAUAUGACCGACCACGAAAUGAUUAUUUGGCUUAAAAAUUUGAACAACACAAAUGUUAUAAUGAGUUUAAGCGAUAAAAUAUAUUUGACCCUGCUAAGGCAAAUAGGUCUGCCAGAACCAAAAUUCACUGAUCCUGGAAUAUGUCUUGGGGCCUAUGGAUAUGCACAUGCAAUGAAGUUGGAAUUUCGCUAUAAAGAGGACUAUCACUGGCACAUACUAAUGGUUGGACAAGCAGGAUUCAAAGAUAAAUGGCGGAAAGAUACUUAUGUCCAAUUGGUUGAGGCGGGUUUGGUGAAACGAUCCACAGAGGGAGAAAAUCGCAUAUGGACUUUGAGCGUCGACUUCUUUGAAUUGAUUUUUGCUGUACUUACUUCAGGAUUAUUGCUAUCUGGUGUAGUGUUUAUAGUUGAGUUAGAAAUAGGAAUCCGUCAAAAGAGAAAAUAG